UGUCCAAGAAGAAGCAACGUAACUACACCUCGGAAACACGUCACAUGAAUUCUCACACGGAACCUUUUGCGUUCGGACCAACAUAACGGAAGUUGUAUGCCAUGUUUGCGGAGGUCAAUUGAAAUCGCUUCUUCUAGUCACAGUCUUUCAGGUGUGUACCACUUGCUGGUCGUCGCGGAGCCAUGGUGAAGAAAAAGAGGCUUCGUCUCAUAGCCGAGAUGGCUCGCAAGAUCCGAGCCUAUCGAGAGCUGAAAAGCCGACCGCGUGAUUCCCAGAAGUACGCCCUUGACUAUGAGACCAUGAAGAGGCCCCAUACGGGGAAGAUGCUACCCGUGCUGGCUUGGCAGGAUGUCCGGCGAGAGAGCCGCCUCUUCUCACUCCUGGCCGGUAUGAAGAUGUUCGGUGUGGGCCGCAUCUUCACCCGGAAGUCGUGGCUGGAGGACCACACAGAGCCCAGUUAUUGGAAGAUCACCAAAGUUAAGGUGGACUACACAUCUGAGAACAUGGAUCAUGGCAAAGCCUGGGGCAUCCUCACCUAUAAAGGAAAAGCAGAGAGUGAGGUCAAGGAAGUGGACAAGGUGAUGUACCAUGACUGGCGCCUCAUUCCUAAACACUUUGAGCAACAAUUCAAGGAUUUUGUUCCUCUCCCGGAGCCUCCUGUGCGCUAUGUCCCUUACCCUCCGCUGCUCCGUGCCAUGAAGCUGGCACAACACAAGAAAACAGAAGGCAGUGCCCUGGCAGAGGAGCCUCUGCUGCCUUUAGAAAGAGAUGUUACGCUCACAAAAGACUAUUUCCAAAGUCAAGACCAAGGGAAGAAGGUCAGAGAGGAGACGGCGGUGUGACAUCCUCAGUUGUCUCAUGGAAGGACUUUUAUCAUAACUCUCAGAACUUCAACCUGUUUCUGUGAUCAAACUGUGUCUUGUCAAGUGUUAUUAAAGCUAAGAGAAAGCACUGUGAA